AGGAAGCAAGAGCCUCGGAGGCAAGAAAAGUAAGAGAUCGAUUGAAGACCGGCGGGAUGGAUAUUGGCACGCUCAGGCUGAUCAUCGAUGUUGCGCUAGCAAUCGAAAAGGCAGCGGAAAAUGUUGAGCAGAAUAAAAAGGAUUGUGAGGAGAUGAGAAGCAACGUCGCACUGGUCAGGACGAACCUCAUGCGGCUCGAGAACAACGAGCCGCUGAUGAUGGACCCGGCCGUGAGCCCCACAGUUGCGGCGAUUGGCGAGAUCCUCCGUGAAGCCCAGGAGCUCGUCGAGGAUUGUAAGGUCAAGAGGAACGUCGUAGAACUUUUGUUUACGGCCGGCAAGCUGUCCAAGAAGCUGAAGGAGACGAGAAAUAGGAUCUUGUUUAAUACCAUAAUCCUUAUGUGCGCCAUUACCGUUCGCCAGGAGUGCCGGCGGCCAACUCAGGAGCAAGUUCAUGUACCACCACCACCUGCCCCUAAAGGUGACAUGAACAAUCAGCAGCAAUCCACCAGCAUAGUUAACAAGAUCGUCGACGUUGCGGACCGGAUCAAGGCGACGGCGAAGAUGGUUCGCCGGAACAAGGACGAGUGCCAUGAGAUCGACGAGCGAGCGGGCAUAGUCAGCGCCUUCCUGCCGCAGCUUGAGAACACGGGCAUGAUCAAGGACCCGGCGUUGAGCGCCGAGCUAGAGAAGAUCGUCAGGACCUUGCAGCACGCCUACGAGCUUGUGACGGCUUGCCAGGGAAGGAGCUUGUUCACGAUCCGGCCAGCACGAGGGUGUCAAGGAGGACACGGCGGCGGAGAACUGUCCAAAGAGCUCCACCAGGUGCUGGACCAAAUGGUGCUUGACCUCGAUGGCAUCACUGAGAUCAGUAUCCGUUACACAGAAGUAAGCCGUGAAGUUACUAGUGCAGCAGUACGGAUUACCGCAACUCUAAUGGUCGGCCACUUCGUUGUGAAAUUACGGCUUGCCAGGCAGAGAAGUAAAACGAUAACUAUCCAGUCAAUAGGCGAAACAUCCCAAUUGCACUCAAGCUUCCAGGCUGAUCCUGAAGAGAUUGAAGCAGUAGCAGCCAGUGAAUCAGUCACUGUCGCCGGUUCGUCGAACCGGCUGCAUGAUGAUCCGAGCCUGUUACAGGGUGAUAGCACUUCCGAGGCACAGGGAGCUUCCUCUAAAGACUAAAGAAUUAUCCUUUUCGUGCUGCCUGUAGGUAAAGGUGCUUGUAUUAUACAGAACCUUAUUACCUACGCCCAGCUUGGAAGGAUGUGUAUGGCAUCCCCCCGCUAGGGUUUGCACCUGUGCUUGGUGGAUACAAUUUCCUUUUCCUUGUAUCGGUUUUUCUGUUUAUGAGCAAUUGUUAUGUCCUCAGUUGGGAUGUAUAAUGUAUCUGAAAAGAUUUCCGGAAUUCACAUUUCAAUAAAAUAAAUG